UUAAAAUGUUCAACACUGAACUGCAAUAACGUCCAGAUCUCUGUGUGCAGCUAAAUAAACACAAAUUAGGUCAUGCUAUGAAAUAGUAAUGGAGACACGUGGGCGGAAGUCGGCUACGUCAUCACAACAGUGAAAUCACCCCGUCCGUGGAUGUGACACGCUUACAAAUCCACGGAAAAAACAGCCCCGACAUCAUGAUCCGCGUCCAGCCGCGCGUCUGAGCCGCUCCACGCAGCCGCACCGCCGGAGCCUCCCGCCGCUUCGCUGCCCUCACCGAGUCCCCGGAGGCCGCGGCACCAUGGUGGAGCAGUCCGACCGAGCCCCGCUGCUGGACUGGGAGGAGACCCCACCGCCCUACCCGAGCCCAGCGGCCCAGCCGCCGCCCGAGCCGCAGCGGGACCACGGCGCCGCCGCGGCGGAGAAAAGUUCGCAGCCGACGAGCGCCGCGCCCGGUGCAGGGCGCAGCGGCGGCGGCGGCGGCGUCCCGACCGCCGUCACCUACAGCCCCACACGGAACCGGACAGCUGUGGUUGUCAGCAGGGACAAGCCCCCCGGCUGCGGCUUCGAUCGGCCGGAGCUCUUCGGUCCGGCCCGCGGUCUUCCGUUCCCCGGCAUCACGGCGAGGGAGCAGCGGGAGGAGAGGGACCAGAUCGUGGCUGUGUUUGUGGUGACGUUUGGCUCCAGAUCAGGGAACAUGGUGGAGUGGUGCAUGCCUCACGACGUCAACCUGGACGGAGUGGAGUUCAAGUCCAUGGCCAGCGGCUCCCAUCGCAUCAGCAGCGACUUCAUAUAUUUUCGUAAGGGAAGCUACUUCGGGCUGGCCUGCUUCGCCAACAUGCCUGUGGAGAGCGAGCUGGAGCGCGGAGCGAGGAUGAAGUCUGUGGGCAUUCUGUCUCCGUCCUACACGCUGCUCUACCGCUACAUGCACUUCCUGGAGAACCAAGUCAGGCACCAGCUGCAGUGUCCGGGCCAGUAUUCACCUCUGGAGGCCUUUUACGAGGACAAGAAGGCGGUUCUGCACCCAACAGGAAACGGUUUGGUGACGUCGCUGCCGACCUGGACUCUUGCCUCCAUAAACCGCUGCAUGCACCCAGAGAUGAAGAUCACCCACCCAGCAGGCUGCAUGUCCCAGUUCAUGCAGUUUUUCGGGGAGCAGAUCAUGGUGCUGUGGAAGUUCGUCCUGCUGAGGAAGCGCCUCCUCAUCUUCUCUCCUCCACCCAUAGGCGUGGUCUGCUACAGGGUGUAUUGCUGUUGCUGCCUGGCUAAUGUUUCUAUCCCUGGAAUCGGGGUUUCUGUGCCCGAAUUGCGGCCGUUCUUCUACGUCAACAUUGCUGACAUCAGUGUCCUGGAAACGGAGCUUUCUUAUGUCGCUUGCACCACAGAGAAGAUCUUUGAGGACAAGAAGGAGCUGUAUGACGUCUACAUCGACAACCAGAACGUGAAGACGCACAGAAGCCGCCUGCAGCCGCUGCUCAGACUGAAUGCAGCAGACAAGGAGAAGUACAGGAAACUGAGUGAACAGAGACAAAUGCUGCUGUACUCUCAGGAGGUGGACGAAGACUGCACGGCAAACGAAGAGGAUCUCUUCAUCUUGUUCUUCAUGGAGCUGAACAACCGGAUCUUUCAGACGCUGUGUGAGGUGGCAGGCAGCGCUGAUCCCACCAUCACCGCCGACCACAUGAGGGCCAUGGGGCUGGAUCCUCAGGGGGACCGCUCCUUCCUGGAGGACCUGCUGGAGGUGUACGGCAUCGACGUCACGCUCGUCAUAGACAACCUCUGCUGCUCCUGAGCCUGGAAACCAGGAGGGGGGGGGGGGGCAGUGGCCCAGCUGGGUCUGCAGGACUCCCACACACCGACACACUGGAAACUCUGCCUCCAUCAGGGGGUUUUAAUCCGCCUGCUGCUCACCUCUGGACGUCCCGUCCCACGGAGACUGCGGGGGUUUAAACCCUGAGGAGCACCUGGUGCACAGACGCUUGUAGCAACUGUAGUUGGACCCAGACUUGGAUUCUGGCUGACGGGGGUCUGAGGUUCAACGCCGGCUGAGAAGCAGCCUUCCCAUCAGGAUGGUGGUCCCACCUUGCUCUUGUUGUCGCCGCCUUCGCCGUCCUGCAGCUCGGGUGUCCCCCGCAGCUUUGCCUGAAGAAGGGAAUAAAAAAAGUUCUCCCACUGGAAAUAAAAUGUGUCCUUCACGGAAAAUUAAACAGACUCCAACUCGUUCAAAGUGCUGUGACCCUGACCUUCUUCUGGUAAAUCUACUUCUAGAUAUGGUAAAAGCUUCUUUUCUUUCCAGGAAGGAAGCGAUUUGAGAAUUAAAACGCAUUUUUUUCCUGUUGCUGUCCCGUCUGUAAGAGCGAGGUGGGACACGAAUGAUAACUGGAAGAGGCGAUGACUGUGAAGCUGCAGAUUUGGUUAGAAGGUUACACACAGUCACCGAGGGCAUGAAUAUUAUUUAUUCUGGGCUUUUAAGGACACAUUUGAACUGAUGUUAUAUGCAGGACACGAUUUUCAUUAUUUUUCAGUAACAAUUUGGAGCACAGGUUUUUGAAAUUGUUGUGAAUUUUUCUAAUUUCCAAAGUGACAUGAAUACAUGCAGGCUCACAGAUAAGCACCCACAUUUGAAUAAAAGUUCCUUAACCGGUUGCACCUCCUCCACGUUUUAUAUACACAAGGUUCUGGUUCUGGUUCUGG